ACAAAUUGCAAGUUGUAUAUGAAUUGAACGCUUAUUGUAUUGUAUAUGCGUAUAUCUAUGUCAUGGACGUUGAUGUGGGCACGCGGCCACUCCACCAAAUGCGAGCUACUAUAUACGUGGUGGCAUCAAGUGCCGAGGGUAUCAUGUACUUCAGCCUUGGGUCGCUCGGCCACAAAGGCGUGCAACCUCAAGACAUGUUCCUCCGCUCGAUUGAAGGAUGGAUGGCUUGCUGGUGGCUCCAAGUGCCGCAGCAGUCACAUCCAGCAGUCAAGCUCUGUUUCAAGCUUGGUGAUCGGUGCGGGAGGCGAGUGUAGGUCUGGGGGAAAAGUGCGCGUGUAAUAAACGCGGCCAGGCAAGCAAUUUGUUUGAGCAAGACCAGGCAGAGAAA